GGAGGAUGGACAAGUACCUGAAGAAAAAUUUGCCAGAAUUGCAGUUGAAGAUACAGACCCUAGUGUUUAUUCUGAAAUGCCAGAGAAAUAUCCCAUUCAAGCUACAGAUCACAGUGGUUCAUCUAAAGGUGGUUUAGCUCUCCCAGCACAGGAUAUGGCAGCUGUUAAUAUGGAGCGAUUGACUGCACAGCCUCAAACAACAUCAUCACAGCCUGAAGAGAAUGACAGUCAGAACGCUGAAGGAGAAUGUUUAUCAGAAGAAGAUAUGAUAAAGAGCAACCGAUGCACAGUUUGUUCAGUAACCACAUGCAAGCAUUCAUCCUCAUCUUCGACCCCCAUCCCAACUCCUUUUAUUGGUGACCUGAUGAAUGAUGAAGAUUUGCUGUACACUCUAAGGCUAAAGCUGGAUCCUUGCCAUCCAACAAUCAAAAACUGGAGGAACUUUGCCAGCAAAUGGGGCAUGACAUAUGAUGAACUGUGCUUUCUGGAGCAGAAACCGCAAAGCCCCACUUUAGAGUUCUUACUGAGGAACAGCGAGCGAACUGUAGCACAGCUAAUAGACCUGUGCAAAUUUUACAAGAGGGUGGAUGUAUUGAAAGUGCUGGAGACAUGGGUGGAGAAAGAAUGGGCUAAGCAAUGGGAUGCAAAAUAGAAAUUCAGCAUUUGUAUUACAAUUCCCAGCUGUAAUCAUUUAACAUGCAGCAUUCCACAGGUGCCUUAUGUGGGGCAAAACUUCCCGGUGAUUUGUUUUGACACCUAAUAUUACUGCUCGAUGGUAAACUUUUAGGAAAGUACAGUGUCAUGUGUGGAGUGGGAGGGGGGAAGCAAAGAGGAGAAAUAAUCAAUAGAAAACAAUAAAAAAUGCAAGUGUAUAACCCUCUAUACACUGAUUUUAAAUUGAAACAAAAAGGCAUCCCUUUGCUAGCAAUUAAUGCAACAGUUUUUUCUUAAAUGGACUUAUUUCAGGGAAGUUGCACUUAACCUUUUGGACUCCCGAGCAUUGGAAUUUAAACUUACAUUCCCGGGAGGAACUGUGUUUUGCAGAUUUUUCAUUAGGAAAAGUAAGUGCCUAUGAUGUGUGACCAGUGUCGCAUUAAACAAGUAUCUGGCCUCAGUGACUGAAGUCAGAAGCUCAUUGUGUGGAUAAUUGCAGAUGCAGACCUGCAGUCCAUCUCUCAAUGGUGUAGGAUGUUGGAGCAAUCCUUAUGAGGGGGUAAAAGUGGCCCUCAAGGAAGACCUUACUUGGUAUUCUGUCCCUCAAUUAAAUGUUAGCAACAAUGUUUUAAGAGCAUAGGUAAGCAGUACCAAUAUUUCAGUGGUGCUUCUUACUCUAGGUAUAAAUGCUGCAUACUGAAGCCUCGUAAAUUAUGCACCAAUACUUAACAUUCUGAAUGAGGCAAACUGGCCUGAACCCUUUUGGUGUUGAACGUGGAAGUGGUUGGACUGAUCAAUUCAUGGAAGAGUUGUUCACCCCUGAUGAUUUUCUUGAUUCCAAAAAGGUUUUCUAAUUUCAGCAACAACCCAAAAAGCACAGUUGGAUGUAACUUUGUGGAAUGUACUAUAAAUGUUGACAUUAGCACUACUAUACGAUUUCAUCAUUGUGCAGAACCUUUAUUUACUUUCCAUUGUUUUUUGCUAAAAUUAGAUGUAUUUUGCUGAAAAUGCAAUGUUUAAAAGGUAGCUAGAUAAAUAUUGUAAAGUAGUGUUAUUAAGGGAUUUAGAGAAACAGGUGGAAAAAGGAUGAAAAGGUCUGCAAUGAUCAAAUAAAAUGGUGAAACAGGCUGAAUGUGCUCCUCCUUUUUCUUCAUUGCUCCUAAAUAAAGCUGAGCAAAAGUAACUAAAAUGCAUCGGCUGGGAUCCAGUAUUGUAAUGGAACCCACACACUAAAUCUAGCAGAACUUGAAUAUUUUUGCUUUGGUCGAAACUCGAUUGAUGAAUUUGCACAGUUUGAAGCUGAACUGGGUAGGUUUAGUGCACAAACACCCUUUGACUGUAGAGGGAACGUCUCAGGUCAAAUAUUGGGCAAUAUUUUUCCACAGUGAAGAUAGCAAGCAUACUAAAUUAAAUAACAGGUGUACCUAAUGGUGCAUAAUAUCUUUACUUGCUUAUAGUAAAUCAAAACUAUUUUCAUUUUUAUUAUACCUUCACCUGAUCACCUGUUACAAUAAUACUCAGUGUAAUAAUCAUAGCUUCUCAACAAAAUGGUCUAACUCAGAUGAGAAUGAUCACGGCAUCAAAGGGUAUCAUCUUCAUGAAAGACUGUUUGGCAAACCAGGUUUCUCUUUUUGCAGUGAAGAGAAUUGUAUGUCUUUGUACUGCAAUAAAGUUAGGUGCAACUUUAUGAAUGGAUCUUCAUAAAGCAAAUCUGAAUGCUCGUUGAACAAGUUUUUUCACUUUAUGCCAAGUCCUUUAUCAGCCUUACUAUAUUUGUGUCCAUUACACUGUAUUUAACUGAGAUUUUGAUUUCAAAUGAUCCAAUACAUUCUAAAAUUGUUGAAAAUAAUUACUGUAUUUUGGGAUUUA